GUGGGAAGGAUGACACGCCUCAUGGUCACACUGAGCCACCUGAUGGAGCCGCUUCAACUUCAAUAAAAAUGAGGGGCGUGGCUCUAGGAUGACUUGCAAGUUCUGGCAGUGCAGUGUUGUGAACCUGAAUACAAGGAAUGUCAGUGGAUGGAAAUAUUUGAGUGUGAUGAUGAGCAGAUAAAGACCAGGAGGUCCUCGGGGGACGAGGUGUGGGAGACAGCCCAAAUGAAAAACACGCGCUCCAACUCCAUGACUCCUCCAGGCUGGGUUUGGUGGGAGGAGGAUGGGGGUGAGAGAGUGGGUGUCAGAGAAUGUGGGGAAAAGAGGGGGAGGGAGCCGGGUCAGUCAAUAGAGAGGUAAAACGUGUGGUAAUGGGAGGGGCUGAGACUUAAAGGGAGCAGACGAGCCAUCCAGCCGAGCACUUUCACUUUGAGCCUGUUGCCUGUGUCUGAGGGAGGACAAACAGAGGGGGAGACAGAAGAGGAGGCCAGCGUCUCUGGCUCUUUAUCCAUGAACCAACGACGAGGAAGAGAGGAGUGACUCAGAUCAGGCUGUGGAGGGAGAUUCUAGGUCAGGAGUGUUGAAGAGGACAAAGGCUUGUAGUGAACACAAACAGGGAAAGUGGGAAAGUGGGAGAAUCCCCAGUAGGAAAACAGGAUGGCGUGAGAACACAAGUCAGGAUUUCUUCUUUUUUGGAAAGUACAAAGGGGAAGGAAUGUCUAAGGACUGCCAAGGAGAAGAGUGAAGAUCAAAAACAAGGAGGUGGAGAACCCGAAGAGGAAAGUUUGCCUUCCACAGACUGACACAGAAGAACAUCUGUCCACAACAGAAAUGGAGAAGUGUCCGUUCUCAGAAAGAUAAAAGGAUGUCACUGCCAGUGUUGCUGUUGCUAUCAGUCUGGAUGGUCCAAUGUGACGGAUGUGACUUUGACUUGGAGGGGGUGAAAAACAUUAAAGCAGCUAUUGACUCUAAUCCAACUGGGUUUCGGACAGUGUUUCCAAAGGAUUACUAUGUAGAACAUCACUAUACAGAAGACAUGCUCUGUGACUCUGAGCCGUGUUGUGUGUUCCCUGCUGCCGUGGUUCUCCUGGACUCCUGGCAUGUGUUGCUCAGAAACCUGUGGGACGAGCACUUGAAUCACACCCUGGUUCUGAAUCUAAAGCAGACACUGGAAAGACUGAUCCACAGGAACAGACACACACAGAGGUUCCAGGAGGAGACAGAUCUAACCCAGUUCCCCAAACUAUCUUCUUCUCCUGAGAAACUCCUCCAGCUAACUUCAGAACUAUUGGCUCGGUGGCUCCACGUUGGAUGUUUACCCUCUAUUGGAACAUGCACACUGCCCACUUUGCCCCCUGCUGUAGACAGGAAGGACUACGGCCCGUCGAGGGCGAGGCUCUUGACCACUCGGGCCAUCAGCAGUGUGGAGGAGAGUCAGCUUGAGCAGAAGACCGGUUUCACAAAGCUCACGUCCAACAGUGGUCCACCACCCCUAUCUUACUCCGCUUCUGUUUGGAGCCCCUUACUGUUGAGACUCUACAGGUGGCUUUUGCCGUAGCCACCACCACGAGGAGCUCUUCAUGACAAUGCACACAAAAUGCAAACCCUUUCAUUUCUUAGCACUGAACGGUUGUUUCUGGAGCUUUCUGUCAUCUUUGGUUAAUAUCAAGUGACAUGCGCAGGUUGCAUCUCAUGUCCAAAGUUAGUGCUUCUGUAACAGCUGACACCACAGAUAUAAACUUCUAGUUACUCUCUUCUAGAGCAGUCCCCGACCACAGCUACAUGUGCUCGUCAUGCUACGUGAGGUAAAUACUGUGGCCUCGACCACGGGUGUGGAAUUUAUCACUGUUUACAAUGUGACACGGUGCAAAUGUAAGAAAUGAUUCUUUAUUGAUGUUCGCUUUUGUACAUACAGUAUAUAUAAAUUAAAGACAUUCAGAUAUUUCUCCUCCA